CAUAUGCUCGCUAGCACGUUUUCCAGUUCGCCGAAUGCGCAUGGCACAUCCGUAUGACCGGGCAGGACAGGGUUCCCUCGACUUAAACGCCCGUGGUCACCUGGCGCCGGGUCACCUGGCGCCAUGCCCCACUCCAGGUGAGCUGUCCCAAUGGGUUAUGUAGCAUAAUGUUCUAGCAUUUCACUUGUAGAGCAAUCGUGUGGAAGGGGUGAGCGACAGAGUUGCUUGGUGCCAGGAAGGACAGGCCGAAACAGCAGACACCACCCGGACUUCACCCUGUACUUGCCUAUGAAGGUUCCCUUUGCAGGAAGCUUCAGGGCCGCUAGAAUGAUAGGGGCAAUGGUCGCGUUGCAGAUUCAAAGUCGGGAAGGCGGGCACUGGCGGGCAGCGGAAUGCGUGCCAGCAAGCUAGGGUUUUGACAGCCAACCCCCAAACGCGGGCUGGACGCCGCAAGCGUAAUUGCUUAUAGCAGUUAACACUGCCCAGCUGAAUACGCAAGGCAAGGGCUGCGCUCGGCGGUCCUUUUGGGGCCGCUUGCAGCUCAGCGGUGCACCACGGCCAGGCACGCUCGGUGUCUUUCGUUGCCUUCAUCUAGUAAAUAUGUAACUAAAAGAACCGCUCGAUGAUUUGGGGCUGGCUCGCGUGGCCAAGCCCAUGCGACCUCAUGGCGCCGAAUUGGGCGAGUUGCUGGCGACAAGGGGGUCGCUGCUACCCAGCUCGAUCCCCUUUACCUCGUUGCAAAGAUGGCGUUCGCUCUGCGUGGUGUUACCGCUAAGGCCUCGGGCCGCACUGCUGGCGCCCGCUCGUCGGGCCGCACCCUGACGGUGCGCGUCCAGGCCUAUGGCAUGAAGGCUGAGUACAUCUGGGCGGAUGGCAACGAGGGCAAGCCUGAGAAGGGCAUGAUCUUCAACGAGAUGCGCUCGAAGACCAAGUGCUUCGAGGCCCCCCUGGGCCUGGACGCCUCGGAGUACCCCGACUGGUCGUUCGAUGGCUCGUCCACCGGCCAGGCUGAGGGCAACAACUCGGACUGCAUCCUGCGCCCCGUGCGCGUGGUGACCGACCCCAUCCGCGGUGCCCCCCACGUGCUGGUGAUGUGCGAGGUGUUCGCCCCCGAUGGCAAGCCCCACUCCACCAACACCCGCGCCAAGCUCCGCGAGAUCAUUGACGACAAGGUCACUGCCGAGGACUGCUGGUACGGCUUCGAGCAGGAGUACACCAUGCUGGCCAAGACCUCUGGCCACAUCUACGGCUGGCCCGCUGGCGGCUUCCCUGCUCCCCAGGGCCCCUUCUACUGCGGUGUGGGCGCUGAGUCCGCCUUCGGCCGCCCCCUGGCUGAGGCCCACAUGGAGGCCUGCAUGAAGGCCGGUCUGGUCAUCUCCGGCAUCAACGCCGAGGUGAUGCCCGGCCAGUGGGAGUACCAGAUCGGCCCCGUCGGCCCUCUGGCCCUGGGCGACGAGGUGAUGCUGUCCCGCUGGCUGCUGCACCGCCUGGGCGAGGACUUCGGCAUUGUGUCGACCUUCAACCCCAAGCCCGUGCGCACCGGUGACUGGAACGGCACUGGCGCCCACACUAACUUCUCGACCAAGGGCAUGCGCGUGCCCGGCGGCAUGAAGGUGAUCGAGGAGGCCGUGGAGAAGCUGUCCAAGACCCACAUCGAGCACAUCACCCAGUACGGCAUUGGCAACGAGGCGCGCCUGACCGGCAAGCACGAGACCUGCGACAUCAACACCUUCAAGCACGGUGUGGCUGACCGCGGCUCUUCCAUCCGCAUUCCCCUGCCCGUCAUGCUCAAGGGCUACGGCUACCUGGAGGACCGCCGCCCCGCUGCCAACGUCGACCCCUACACCGUGGCGCGCCUGCUGAUCAAGACCGUGCUCAAGGGCUAAAUGCCCAGCAUGCGCCAGCUAAUAAGGGCAGCGAUGAGGCGGAGGGGUGCGUGACUCGGAUGUGAGCUGUGAUGAGGGGGUUGCUUCUAUCGGCUAAGGGUGUGUGUGUGUGUGUCUGUCUAUGCUGGGCCGGGUAUGUGGACCGGCGACCUGACGUUUGGAAUGCGUGCGUGUGCACACUGCCCGGUUGCAGUGUCUGCGCAUGUAUUUCCUGGCAACUCCAAAGCCUACGGUUGAGCAAGUGACCUGUCUUUGGUUGGACGAUUGUUCUGACACGUCGAUUGCUGCUAGGUUAACGGGAGGUUGCGGCGUGAGCCCUGCGACGAGCUGCGUAAUACUAUUUCCUUGUACUUCUUCCUCGCGCGCCCUCCUGGGUGCUGACGCAUUGUCAGGUUUGCUCAGGUCGCCACAUGUAAUCGAACACGUCAACAGAACACUCGUCUGGGUUGAUUGGGAAGGCAUCUUUUGACCGCCUGAAUGCCCGGGAUUGUAGGGUGAGAUAGCCGAGGUUCAUUUGCAGCUGUAGAGAGAGUCCCGGCCAAUGAUUGCAAGAUAUGCACAGGAUCAACGUACACGAAGCGGAAACACCACUAGCUUAGCGCGUUGCCGGAUUGCAACAUGGGACCGUCAUUAAGUAGAUACCAGACCAGACCAAGCGCCUGUAAUGGUUGGCACGG